CUCAUUAAAUUUUAAGCACAUUCUCAUAUUCGUUAGUCAACUGGUAAAAUUUUAUUUUAGAGACUAUUUUGUCUACGUUAUAGUUUUUGCAUUAUACGAACAACUAAAAAAGAUCGCACCAAUUUUUGCCAGACUUCAAACAACAGCUAGGAAACCGCCUUUCAAAACUCGGCCAUGGGUUCGUCUGCAGAAGAGAGGAGAAGAUGGGACGAAGUCUUCACUAACUAUGACGUGCAUAGACAGAACUUCAUCACGAUAGACACGUUCAAGCGCCUGUUGCACGAGGGGGGCUUGAGGGAGGAGUUGGCGCCCGACAGGAUCAAACACCUGCUGGACUUCGCCGACAGGAACCAGGAUGGAUACCUCACUCGGCAGGAGUUCCUCGACUUCAUGAUGGGCAAUACGACAACAGACGAGGACGUGAGGAUGAGUGAAGAUGUUAGGCAGAUGAGGGACAAAGUGAGGAAGAGGUUCAGGGGCAGACUGGCCAAUGUGGCCAUGCGGGAGGCACUGUUGAGUGACAGCCGCAUGCAGACAUACACGGACGUCAUGUCCGAAGAUGGAUGGAUCCCAGUCUUCAUACCACUCAUAUCGCUAGCCGAACUGAUAGUGUUCAUCUACUACUGCGUGGACAUGGGCGAGAUAGGACUGACUGAGCCAGUGCCCAUCCAAAGUAUCUUCAUCUUCAACCCCAGCAAGCACGUCGAAGUGUGGAGAUUCUUCACCUACUUACUAGUACAUGCAGGGAUUGAGCACAUUGGAGCAAACUUGAUAUUCCAGCUGGUAGUGGGCAUACUUCUGGAAAUAGUGCAUGGACCCAUUCGCAUGAUCAUCAUCUACUUCACAGGAGUCAUGGCAGGGUCUCUGGCGACUGCGGUGAUUGACCCCAACGUGUAUCUGUGCGGUGCCUCAGCAGGAGUCUACGCCUUACUUGCAGCGUACCUCGCCAACAUAGUCAUGAACUGGAGCGAAAUGAACUGGCUCUUCCGACUGAUUCGAUUGCUUCUGCUGUUUCUUUACGCCACCGUUGACAUCGGUACCGCUCUGUACAGACGUUAUGGCUCUGAUGCUGUGAACCCCACUGCGUAUAUGGCCCAUAUAUUCGGAGCCAUAGCCGGGUUCCUGGUGGGCAUAGUCAUUCUGAGGAAUAUCAAGAAGAAGCUGCACGAACAAGUACUGUUCUGGAUUGCACUUUGUAUAUACAUCAUCAUGGAUGUGCUCCUGUUGUGUAUCUACAUUGGAAUUGAACUCAACAAAGAAGACUGAUCUCGCAGUCGGAAGAUCAGAUGGUCGAAACGGUUUCAGUGUUGAAAUGGAAUUCUUCGAAUGUAGUAUUUAUAUUCAAUGUUACUUUACAAUGCACCACUGCUAUUGAGGUCAACGGAAGGCACACAAUAAAAAUAUAUGCCCACAAUAUUCAAGAGCUCUUCCCUUAUGGAUCUAUCCUCAUUUUUUUACUGUCCAAAUUGCGAAAUUGAUCGAAAUUUAAUCCCACUCGAAUUGCCUUCAAACUUCUUUUUGAUGAGUUAAAUCAAAACUUCGCCUUAAAGAGAGCAGAUUUUAUCCAGUUCUGAACAUAAAUCAUUAUUACUAAAAUUAUCUUUUAUAUUCAAAUAGUGAAAUUGUGAAUUAAUUAUUUCGAAAUUGUUAAACGGUGUUAUUACCCUUGCGAUAAUUGGAUGUUGCCAUGUAUUUCUUGACUCUUUCCUUAACAUGCUUUGUGUGUAAAAAUGAAUCGCUUCAUGUGUUCGCAGUGAUCUUUUUCAAAUUUAACCGUUUUCCCACAGGUGCGGAUCUGCUUCGGGUUUUGGCUGUUCAGAUAGUCACCCUUAAUGGAGGCUUUGGAUAAAAAUGAUGUGGUUAACUUAACCGAAAUAAAAAGCAACCUUUUUGAAAAGAAAGCUCGAGCAAAAAAAUUGGUCCUUAA